AAAGAGUUUGCAAUGGCAAUGCUCUGGAAAUUCAUGAGGGUAGCUAAGUAUUCUAAAACAGCUUUAUCACCAAAAGUGAAUGUAAGAGGAAUUCCCACCCAUUCAAGACAUUCUUCAUCCAAGUCUGUGCCUUCAGAUUUUGCUGUCAACACGCCCUGCUCAAACACUGUGGAACUGCUUGGCAAAGCUUAUCCUCAGGAUGACUACAGCAAUGUCACAGAGAAGAUUCUUUCCAAGGUGGGCAAGAACUUGCACAACAAAAAGCAUCACCCUUUGUGGCUAAUCAAGGAGCAGGUGAAGGACCACUUUUACAAACAGUAUGUAGGACGCCGUGGGACUCCGCUCUUCUCUGUCUACGACGGCCUUUCUCCAGUGGUUACAGUACAGCAGAAUUUUGAUAGUUUGCUUAUCCCACGAAACCAUGCCAGCAGAAGGAAAGAGGAUAACUAUUACUUGAAUCGUGAUCACAUGCUAAGAGCACAUACAUCAGCUCAUCAGUGGGACUUGAUACACUCCGGCCUGGAUGCCUUUCUGGCAGUGGGAGAUGUCUACCGCCGUGAUACAAUUGAUAACACCCACUACCCAGUCUUCCAUCAAAUGGAAGGUGUUCGGCUCUUCUCCUGUCACGAGCUGUUCUCCGGCAUUAAGGACGGGGAAGGCUUGCAGUUGUUCGAGCAAGGUCGUCGCACUGCACACAAGCAGGAGUGCCACACCAUGGAGGCAGUGAGGCUGGUGGAGUUCCACCUGAAGCAAGUGCUCGUGAAGCUCAUGGCUCACAUCUUUGGCGACGGGCUGCAAGUCAGAUGGGUAGAUUGCUACUUCCCGUUUACUCACCCUUCCUUUGAGAUGGAGAUCAACUUCCAAGGAGAAUGGAUGGAGGUCCUGGGCUGCGGGGUCAUGGAGCAACAGCUAGUUAACUCAG